UUUUGAGCACAAACAGAAAGGUAAAAAUGUGUCUUUUGUUGAGAAUUGGAGCACUAUGCAUCAACAUCAUGAAGGUCAGUGGAUCAACGAAGCAGCUGAACAAACUGGGAAGAAAAUGUUAGCAGAAUUGAAUCAAACAAAGGAGAAGUUAGCUGAAGUCCUUGGGGCUGCCUCACUUGAUGAAAUAGAAGUUCCCGUCUCUAUGCAGUUGGAUAUCUUGGCAAAUGGCAUUGGGGUUGCAAAGGGUAGAGGCAUUCGCGGUCUGGGCUAUGGUCCACGGAAGGAACCCGUCCAUUAUUCUGAGAGUGAAAAAUCUGCAAAUGCUUCCGUGACAAAACAAAAGGUGAUUGAGCUGACAGCCACGGUGGAAAAGCUUUUGAGGCAGAUCAAUCACAUAGAAGAGCAACUUGCUACUGUUGAAGGGUAUACUAUUCAUCAUUCCAGUGAUGAUGAUGAUGAUGGGGAUGAUGGUGAUUAUGAUGAUGGAGAUGAUGAUGAUGUGAAUAUCUAUGGGGAUGAAGAAGAGGGUGCAGACUAG